AUAUCAAGGCUCGUGUGUCAGUAAACCAACGCUCAAAACGCAAACUAAAUCCGGUGACCCGUAUGGAGGAGCCGGUGGUGCCGUUCGUGAGGGGAAAACUGCCGCAUCUGAUCGUCUCGUCAUCGCUGGUGUUGCUCUGUGUCUCUCUGGUCAUCGGUAUAAUGCUGUCGGUCAUUGCCUACAGGGUGUCCGUCCGCAUAGUCCUCGGCUCGUGGGAUAACAACUCGCCGUUUCUUCAACGAUACGGCUCUAUCAUAACGUCGACCACCGCUGCGCUCAUCAAUUUGCUGUGUAUACUAGUGUUUGACAAACUCUAUACCCGACUCGCCAUAUACCUGACCGAACGGGAACUGCCGCGGACUCAGUUCGAGUUCGACAACUCGUUGACGCUUAAGAUGUUUUUGUUUCAAUUCGUUAAUUACUAUUCGUCCAUAUUUUACAUCGCUUUCGCGAAGGGGAGGUUCGUUACGCAGACGGGCGAUGUGUCCAAAUAUUUUGUCGAAGAGUGUCCUAUGGGCGGCUGUUUCGUGGACUUAGCGAUACAGUUGGCGACAGUAAUGGUGGGAAAGCAGGCGUUCGGCGCCGUUGUCGAGACACUGACUCCCGUAUUGACCCGAUUCUACACCAAAUGGCGUUACACUCGGGAUGUGGUCGACGAGGAGAGCGGUUGUGCGGGUCCUCUGAAUUUGCCGCAAUGGGAGGACGACUAUCUGCUCGAGUCGUGGACCUCUACCUCACUCUUCUACGAAUACCUGGAACUCGUCCUUCAGUUCGGUUUCGUAACCGUAUUUGUGUCGGCCUUCCCGUUGGCGCCUCUAUUCGCUUUGGUUAACAACUUCUUCGAGAUCCGAUUCGACGCCAAAAAGAUUAUCACUAGUUUUAAGCGACCCGUCGCUCAACGAGUGAAGAGUAUUGGCAUUUGGUAUAGAAUUUUGGACGCGAUGGGCAAGUUGUCGGUCAUCACCAACGCUAUGAUCAUCGCGUUUACCACUAGUUUUGUGCCCCGAAUUCUUCACUACAUAGAGAACGGCAGUUACCAGACGUAUCUCAACUCAACGCUUCUCAGGUCACCGAUCAAUGAUUCGCAAAUCGACGCCACUUUCUGUGUUUUUUCCAAUUACGGGGCGCCGCCGGCCAAUCACAGGCCCGACCCGACUGAGGCCGAGGCUCGGGAGCAGAACUUCUGGCACCUAAUGGUCGCUCGGCUGGCGUUUGUAGUGGUCUUCGAGAAUGUGAUCGUAUUGUUGACAUCAAUGAUGAGAGUACUCAUACCGGAUGUGCCCAAAGACCUGCGACAACAGAUGCGUCUUCACUCAUACCUCACCAAUGAGUUGAUUAUGAGACAGGAGUUAACACUUUCCAAGAGGUGUAUCGAUCGGAUCUAAUGUCUUCGAAACGGGUCCCCAUUUCCUGGUGGCCCACACUUUGGUCUCUGGAUCUCAUAUCUAAUCACCGAAACAAUUGUGCCAUAAAUACUAGUCUAUC